CACCACGCUCGCUCGCUCCACCAGCAGCGCUCGAGGAGAAGGGCUGUAUCCUGCAAGAGCAAACACGCUCUGGAAUUUUAUUCCUGGGCUUUCCGCCCAGUGGGGUGAGCGGGGAGCAAAGCUGAAGAGCUCGUUUUGCAGCAAGGAGGCUGAGAGCGCAAUGGAAGCGCCCACAUCUCGCAGAGCCCGGGAAAUCGUUUUCUAACGCACCCGCUCCUGGUUACUGGAACAGCCUUGGAUGGACGAGACCUCUCUGCACGAUUCACAGCCAAGAGUAAGGUAUAAAGUUCUACAGCUGCUUCAUCAAAUUAAGGAAGAAAAAAAGAAUAGGACUAAGCAAGCUUCAAGAUGACCUCAUCUGCCACAAGUAACGUGCUUUUUAUUUUCCAAGACUCACUAUGUGAUUACAGUGGCAUCGAGAAAAGAAUGAUUUCCUGGUGAUUACAGGAGAUGUACCCUGCUACCACAAAGCUUGUGUUUCCUGUCUGAAGUUUAACAGUGAAACAGAAAAUUAUCAAAGCACAGAGGGCAAAAGCAUCCGGAAUUUUUAAAAAAGAUACAAUAAACAGAGAGAAAACUACAAAUCCCAGGAAUUCAGACUUGUAUUUUGAACAGAUCAUUAUAAUGGUAAGCGCUAACUGUUCCACUGAAGACUCCUUUAAAUAUACUUUAUACGGAUGUAUAUUCAGUAUGGUAUUUGUUCUUGGCCUCAUAGCAAACUGCGUUGCUAUCUACAUUUUUACAUUUACGUUAAAAGUGCGCAACGAGACUACAACUUACAUGCUUAAUUUAGCAAUAUCUGAUCUGCUUUUUGUGUUUACAUUACCCUUCAGGAUUUAUUACUUCGCAGUAAGAAACUGGCCAUUUGGAGACAUUCUUUGCAAGAUUUCUGUCACCCUGUUUUAUACAAACAUGUAUGGGAGCAUUUUAUUUUUGACCUGCAUAAGCGUAGACCGCUUUCUGGCUAUAGUACACCCAUUUCAGUCUAAGACACUUCGAACCAAAAGAAACGCAAAAAUCGUCUGUGCUGCAGUAUGGAUAACCGUGUUAACGGGAAGCACGCCGGCAAGCUUUUUUCAAUCUACCAACCGCCGUAACAACACUGAGCAAAGAACGUGUUUUGAAAACUUUUCUGAGGCCACCUGGAAAACCUACCUAUCCAGGAUUGUUAUCUUCAUUGAAAUUGUUGGAUUUUUUAUUCCACUAAUCUUGAACGUGACCUGCUCUACUAUGGUCUUGAGGACUUUGAAUAAACCACUUACAUUAAGUCGGAAUAAAUUAAGCAAGAAAAAGGUACUUAAAAUGAUUUUUGUCCAUUUGCUGAUAUUUUGCUUCUGUUUUGUGCCAUAUAACAUUACCUUAAUACUUUACUCCCUUAUGAGAACACAGACGCUGAUUAAUUGUUCGGUGGUAACUGCAGUCAGGACCAUGUACCCUAUCACUCUGUGCAUUGCCGUUUCAAAUUGCUGCUUUGACCCUAUAGUGUAUUACUUUACAUCAGAGACAAUUCAAAAUUCGAUAAAAAAGAACAGGUCCACCAGAACACGCGAUUUCAGAUUCUCAGAGAUGCACGUUUCAGAAAACUUCAUGCAGCACAGCUUGCAGACCAUAAAAAUGAAAAUAUUUGACAAUGACUCAACAAUAUAAACUGUAUUAAAAAAAAAAAUACUGGGACUAAACUGGAUUUAAAGCCUGCACGUUCCUUCAGCUGUGAAAAUAUAUUCUGAUAUGUAAAUGUUACUCUUCCUGCACAUCAGAAAAGCUUAUGAUAAAGCUGUAAAGAUCAGUUGUAAAAGUGUUAAUAGUAUACAGAAAAAAAAAAUAUUGCAAGAAUUCAUGUCAAAUGUCUUUUUUUUUUUUUUAUUUUUUCUUUGACUGGCUGCAUGCCAAAACCAGCAAACCUUUGGUUUCUGCUGAGGCUGUCAAAGUCCACCCAGCAUUUGUCACAUCACAACCGAAUAAAAACCAAGCUCCUUCCCAAA